AAUGCCAAACAAGUCCAAUAUGAAAGAUCAAAAGAAUUUAAAUAAGACAUCUCUACAAAACAUCGGUUAUCGUAUAGACGAAAUUUUUUCAUCAUCUAAUGGAAACAACAAUUCAAAUUACUUCGAUCCAACCAAUUUGAAAAUUAUUCUUCAAGAUGAACAGAUGAAAGAUAAACUUCUUCGUGACAAAGAAUUCCGUGACUAUUUAAUGACGAAUACCACUUUACUCGCUCAAUUAUGGUUAGAAACCGAGUGCAGGCAACAACUGGAAAAAGAACCAAAGAUUAUCGAGCUAGUUCGUAAAGAAGAAUUUCAAAACAAAUUAAUUAUUGAGAAAGUUAAAACAACCAUACCGUUGUAUGACCUAUUGGUCUAUACAAUCUUAGAACCGAGCCUUAUCGAUGUAAUUGAGAGAGAUCAUGAACUUUUACAGGCGAUUUUAGACGAUACGUCCCUAUCUGCACUGAUACGUUCAGAUCCAGAAUACGAAAGUAGAAUACUUAGUAAUCCUUUCUCAAUUAUACAAAUAUUACGUGACCCAGUCGUCCAAAAGAAGCUUCUAUUAUUACCGGAGACAGUCUGUCGGCUAGAUCGCGUGAAAAAAGGGGAAAAAUUACCUAAUUUUAGUUUACCUUCUUUAGCCUAUUCUCAGGAGGAAAUUAACCUUUUUGAACUUGACAUUAAAAGAGCUGUUUUCACGUUAGGUUGCAAUAUGGAUUCUUUAAAAAAGAAACUACGUAAAGUUGAUCAGGAAAAAGAGACGAUAGCUGACGGAGAACUUUCGCAAACUGACCUAUUUUUUAGGCAAUCGUCAAAAGGAAAUUCUAGUAAUAACAACGAUAAUACAAAUAAUAACAAUAAUAAAACAGUUGACGAAAACGAUCAUCAGCUAGAUGAUCAAUUGUUAUUGGAGAAAAAUAUUUCAAAGAGCGGGUUGAUUGAUACGGAAAGUUCCAUGUCUGAGGAACUUUUAAAUAAUCCGAAAGUUACUAGAUUGCAACAUAAAAUUGACACGCUUGAAAAGGAUUAUAAUACUGCCAUUUCAAAACUUCGUAUUUAUAAAUCAGAUCUUGAAAGGGAGGAGGAAAAGAACUUGAAAUUAGAAGGUAUUUUACAAGCUAAAAACGACGAAUUAAGAGACGGCGUCCUCGCUUUACUGGAAGAGGGUAAAUGGUCGAGUGUUAAUUCAUUAGUAGAUGCCGAAUCACGUAUUAGAUCAUUGGAAAUCGACAAUGCAAAAUUAAGGCAUGAUUUCGAGAGUGCAAAGCAUAAUUUGAGUAAUACCGUUCAGGAGAAUACUGAACUAAUAAGACAGUUUAAAGAAAUGACCAGGGAAUUAUUAACUGCUAAAAAUAUAAUUCAUCAAGCUAAUCAAUCAAAAAGAGAUGCUGAAAAUAUGAUGUCCAAGGUGGUAGAUGAAAAACAAGUUCUCAUAGAUAAAUUGCAUCAAACAGAAUCUGAUAUGAACUCAACGAUAAUUAGUAUUAAGGAGCAAUUAUCUAAUUGCGAAAAUGAGAGGAUGAAAACUCAACGAGAGUAUACAGAGGCGAUUGAUAUUAUGAAAGAAGAUAUCAGCGUUUUAAUGACAGAAAUUACUGCUGCCAAAUCAUUAGCUGAAACGAAAACUUCUGCUGUAGAGCAGACAGCUAAUAUUUUAGAAGCGACUAAACUAGAAGUUGAAGAUUUAACUAGAAAAUUGGAAUUAGUUACAGACGAAAAUAUUGGAAGUAGAAAUGAAUUAGAGAAGAUUCUUUUGGAAUUAGAUAUUAAGUCUAAGGAAUGCGCUAAUCUAAAAGAAGAUGUUAAACAAGCGAAAUUGGAAAAAGAAAAAGCAUUUUCGGAUAAAUACGCUUUAAUUCGAAAUGUUGAAAGAUUGGCGGAAGAAUUAGAAAGUAUGAAAAGUGAUAUUACGGAAAGUGGAAGAAGAUUGGGCGAUGCUAGACAAUCUGUAAUUAAAACGGAAAAAUUAUAUGAAAAUUCCCAAACGAUGGUUGUAUCAUUACAAGCCGAUCUACGAUUUUCUAACGCUCAAUAUCAAGCUGCCGAAGAUGAGAAAAAGUCUUUGAUUUUAAAGUUAAAUCAGUUAAAUGAAAGUAAUAAAAUUUUAGGAAAAGAUAAUCAAAAUCUUAAGCAGCAGAUAACUUUGGAACAAUCUCAGAAAAAGGAAGAGAGGAAAAAGUUUUCUGACCUUAAGAGCGAAUUAACAUUUAUAAACAGUUCACACGAUAAAUUAAAAACAGAAAUGGAAACUCUUCAAGCUAGUCUAGACAAAGAAAGGAAUUUACAUAUGUCAUUAAGAGAGCAAUUUCUCUUAGAAGAAAAGCAGCAAGUGCAUCUCCAAGAUAGAAUAAAGAAUUAUGAAUUGGAAAUAUCUUGCUAUAAGCAAAAAUUUAUGGAGGAGAGAGUUAGAAACGAACAAUAUAAAAAUGAUCAUCAGCAGUUAUUGGACGAAGUAAGAGAAUUACAUGUAAAAUUGGAAAAUCAGGAAGAAAUGCUGUUAAACGAACAAGCUAAAUAUAAACAAACUAUUGAUAACAUUAAAUCGGAUUUUGUGAGUGAUUUGUCACACGCUCAUAACGAAAAGGAAGUUGUUAAGGAGGGAACUGCAAAAUUAAGGGAAGAACUCCAGGAUAUCAGGGAUCAAUUAUCAGCGAAAGAGCUACAACUAAGAUCUUGUUAUCAAUCAAUUGGGCAACUUAACUCUGAAGCAAAAGGCAGGAAAGAGUUAGAAUGCCAACUAAUGCAAGCUGAAACUGAACUUAGAGAAGUAUCUUCAGUAGUUAACCAAUCAAAGAUUGACUUACAAGAAGAAAUAGAGAAGCAAAAGCAGCUCACAGAACAAAAUGAUAAACUUCAAUUAAUAAUUCAACAAUUGAAAGAAGGACUGAAAGUUGUUAAAGAACAAUAUACGAAGGAAGUUUUUUUUCUCAGUACUCAACUUCAGCAAAUCUCCUCAAAUUCUGAAUUAGAAAUUCAGCAACUCCGAAACGAUUUAAAUCAACGUAGUAGCGAAUUAAAGGCGGCCGAAGCUUCUCUGUUGGCUGUACAGGAAGCCAAAGAAAGUAUACAGAUAUCGCAUAAGAAUUUUGAAAGAACAAUUGAUGCUUUAAAGAGAAGACUACACCAAGAGAUGUCAUCUCGUAAACUUUGCGAACAACGCAUGGAAUCUCUUAAGACAAUUAAACAGCAAGAAGCUCAAAGAAGAACGAUCGAUAACUUCCAGGUCGAAAAGGAAAGCCCAAAAGAAACGCAACAAUUAACGGAUCAGGUUAUUAUUCUUCAAAAAGAACUAAAUUCAAUGCGAACAAGUAACUAUGCUCAGGAAGCUCAUGUCCAAACCCUGGAGUUGCAGUUGGCUGAAUUACAGAGUGAGAAUUUUUCUCUUAAAAAGAAACAAGAUAUCAUAGGAAGGAAUACAAGCUCAAUUGUUGACGGAAAACUAAUUGAAGAUAUGAAAAAGCAGUUACAGUUAUACAGCAAUGAAAGAGCUAUAUUCUUUCAAUCGGCGCAGAAAUUAGCUCAAGAUUUAGAAACAUGCCGAAGUCAGGCAAACGAAAAACUAGCAGAAAAUUCAAAACUUAGAGAUGAACUUAACAGUUUAAAAGAAAGAUUAAGGGAAAUGGAAAGAUUGUAUAAAAUUGCGGAAGAAUCCGCAAGACUAGAGAUUGAAGAGAAAGAACAUUUUCAAUCUAGAAAUCAGCAAUUAGAAUUAAUGAAUAUCCGAUUAAAAACAACAACAAACUUAAACGAUAGUUGA